UGGGGCGGAGUGCGCGGGGGAGCGACUCGCCCGAAAGGGUGCGGGCGAAGGCGCCAGAGGCUGUUAAGGACCCGGCUCGCCAAGGACGGGAAAAUGGCGGCCUUGGGGUCCCCGGCGCGCACUCUGCGAGGCCUUCUGCGGGAGCUGCGCUACCUGAGCGCGGCCACCGGGCGACCAUAUCGUGACACAGCAGCCUACCGGUACCUGGUUAAGGCUUUCCAAGCACAUCGGGUCACCAGUGAGAAGUUGUGCAGAGCCCAACAUGAACUUCAUUUCCAAGCUGCCACCUAUCUCUGCCUCUUGCGUAGCAUCCGGCAACAUGUAGCCCUUCACCAGGAAUUUCAUGGCAAGGGUGAGCGCUCAGUGGAGGAGUCUGCUGGUUUGGUGGGCCUCCAGUUGCCCCGUCAGCCUGGAGGGAAGGGCUGGGAGCCAUGAUGCAGAAUCCUCAGAAGUUUCUCCAUUGAAGAAUUUAACCAUUUCUACCGAUAUAUAUUUAUCAUUAAAUGUUUUAUAAAGUGUAGUUUUUGGUUUUUGUUUGCUUUUCUGUAUUUUUUGUUGACUGAGUAAUUAGGGAAGUGAAAUUGGGGUGAAUUUGCUGAACUUUUUACAUUGGGUUCACUGAUGUGCUUACGUGGCAGUGCGCUUGCCCAUGAAGGUUCAUGUGGAGACUAGAGUUUGACAAAGAGAUGCCUUUCUCAAGUACUUCUCUGCCUUAUUUCUUGAGACAGUGUCUCUCACUGAACUUGGAGCUCACUGUUUUGGGCUCAGUGACUAUCGAGUGUCCAGGAUCUAUUUGUCUUGGCUCCCCAGCUCUGGGGUUCGACACCUGCACUGCCAUGACUGUGUAUAUGGAUGCUAGGGAUGCAGACUCAGGCCCUUGCAUGUGCACACUUUAUCUAGUGAGCCUGCCUCCUAGUCCCUGAUGUAUUUGCUUUAAUUUUAAAACUUAGGGCUUUUGUUGUUUUGUUUUGUUAAUAAAUGAAGAGAUGGGCUUAGUGGUCACAGGUCUGUAUUACUCUUACAGAGGAUCUGAGGUUGGUUCCCAGCACCCAUGUCAGAUAGCUAACAACCACCUUUUGUAACUCUAGUACAAGAGAUUCAACACCUCUGGUCUGUACAGGUACCUGCACUCUUGUGUGUGCACGUGCACAAACACAUAAACAUACACACACACACACACACACACACACACACACACACACAAUUAAAAAAUAAAGUUUCGUGGUUUUUUUGGUUUUGUUUUUGUUUUUUGAGAUAGGGUCUUGUUGUGUAGUUCUGACUGGCUUGAAACUUGCUAUGUAGAACAGGCAGACCUUGAACUCAGAGAGACCUGCCUCCAGAGUACUGGAACUAAAGCACCACCAUGCUGAACUCUUAUGUAUGUAUUAUGUAUUAUGUAUUAUGAACUCUUUAUGUAUGUGAGUACAUUGUUGCUGUCCUCAGACCCACUAGAAGAUCCCUUUACAGAUGGUUGUGAGCUACCAUGUGGUUGCUGGGAAUUGAAAUCAGAACCUCUGGAAGAGCAGUCAGUGCUCUUAACUGCUGAGCCAUGUCUCCAGCCCCCAAAAUGCCUUAAGUGUCUUAAAAUUCAACCUUCCUCCUACAUGGAAAGGAACUUUAACAUUUAAUAUUUCUUUCUAGUUCUAAUCCCAUUGAAACUCAUAGAUUAAACUAGUUUAGCAUUUCAGAAAAAUACAUUUUGUAGAGUGAAUAGUUCUUAGAAGAAAUUCUAUUUAUACUUAUGAUAUUUUCCAUAUUAUCAAUUUAUAUUCACUAAGAAAUAUUUUACUUGAUUUAAAAGUGUAGAAAUAUAUACUACCAAAAGUAUACUUUCACCUGAGGAAAAGUAAAUGGAACAGUUUACAAAUCUGCAUGUUCUCUUUGUGCAGGGCCAUAUAAUCCUCUCUGUAUUGUUCAAGUUUAGUGUAUGGUAGCGAGCACCAUUGAUAAUCUUUUGACUGAAGUACCUAAAUAAAGUACCCUAAAUGAUCCUUUUGCUUUAAAUGUCCUUAAUUCCAUAAAUAAAAUUAUUUUUUGUAAGCCACCAA